AUGUCCGAGACCGCUCCCGCUGCCGCCCCCGAUGCGCCCGCGCCCGGCGCCAAGGCCGCCGCCAAGAAGCCGAAGAAGGCGGCGGGCGGCGCCAAAGCCCGCAAGCCCGCGGGCCCCAGCGUCACCGAGCUGAUCACCAAGGCCGUGUCCGCCUCCAAGGAGCGCAAGGGGCUCUCCCUCGCCGCGCUCAAGAAGGCGCUGGCCGCCGGCGGCUACGACGUGGAGAAGAACAACAGCCGCAUCAAGCUGGGGCUCAAGAGCCUCGUCAGCAAGGGCACCCUGGUGCAGACCAAGGGCACCGGCGCCUCCGGCUCCUUUCGGCUCAAUAAGAAGCCCGGGGAGGUGAAGGAGAAGGCUCCUAGGAAGCGAGCGGCUGCUGCCAAGCCUAAGAAGCCGGCGGCCAAGAAGCCCGCGGCUGCUGCCAAGAAGCCCAAGAAGGCGGCGGCGGUGAAGAAGAGCCCCAAGAAAGCCAAGAAGCCGGCGGCCGCAGCCACCAAGAAGGCGGCAAAGAGCCCUAAGAAGGCCGCGAAGGCUGGUCGCCCCAAGAAGGCUGCCAAGAGCCCAGCCAAGGCAAAGGCGGUGAAGCCCAAAGCUGCCAAGCCCAAGGCGACCAAACCCAAGGCAGCCAAGGCAAAGAAGACGGCAGCCAAGAAGAAGUAAGUUAUCCCUGAAGAGUUCCUGCUCUACCUAUUUUGAUAUCCAACGGCUCUUUUAAGAGCCACCCACACUUUCCCUAAAGGAGCUGAGGCACCGAGGUCGUCAGAAACCUGCAGCACGGAUCCAGCAAUUCGUAAGUCGUCAGAGGUCAAUUGCCUUUUCCCUUCCGAUUACUGAAACCUAACGAGCACGGUAUUACGCGGCGGCUUUAGGGAAGUGUAGACUUUGUAUCUUUUGCCGAGUAAUUGGUUUGACUACCGUGAAGAAAUGUUUUAUAAUGAUUUGAUAAAAAUCGGGUGACACUUUUUUAAGAAUAUAUUUUUUAACAAAAGUAAUGGAUUUCCCAGGCGCAAGCUACUACUGAGCCACGUCUAAUGUAUUGUGUUGGUCCUUUUUAAAGUGUCUCUUUAAAAGCUUUUAUGUGUUAGGGGAAGACGUGAGAUUUUUCUUACUGACGCCAUAACAGCCCCUAGCUCUCCCAUCUCUUUUGUUCCCGCUGAGACAUAACAGCAGCUUCUGCUGUUGGAAAAGCCCGCCCUGGCCGAGGAUUGGCCACGAGGAGCCCGGCCCGCUGCCCCUUCCCCCACCCACCGCAGACCCCGCCUUGGGCCCGACGCUUUUGGCCGCGUCGAAGAAAGGAACAGGCACGGAGGAAGGAGGGGAGGGGACAGGCGGUGACGGUGGCCCCCGGAACGCAUCGGUUUCCUUUAGCGCGGUAUACGAACUGAAAGCGUAACGGCGCGUCUCGGGAGAAAUUCCUUUGGGAGAACACUUUGGCACGACUUUGUUAACGGAAGCAUGGAAAGCGUUGCUAUUAUUACCCAACAAAUAAUAUUGAUAAUAAACAUAAA